AAAGAAAAGGGGGAAAUUAGGGUAAAUGAAAUGUGACGCUCCCCCUUCCUCACUCGUCUCUCACUCUCUUUCACGAAUACGAUUUCCGGCGACACUUAACGGCGCCAAUGCUUCCUUCUCCGACGUCUUUUCUGAUCUACUACUCUAACCACACAACGUAAUACCUCCAAUUCGUUCUCAUCUUGCGUCGCUCUUCUAUUCCAAUCGAAACCCUAACCUCUAAGAGCGGAGACGAAUGGUACAUACACGAAACCUAUGCGUGAGACCUUAGGGGAAUUGUUCACGAAGAUCUAAUCUACCACAUAAUCACAAAAGGUCGAAGAAGGAGUGAAGAAACGACUUACCUGAAGUGGGAGGUGAAGAUGAUUAUUGAAGACCAGUUCGGUGCGAAGACGGUGCGAAAUAAACGCACUGAUAGAGGACGAACUGCAAUUCCAGGGCACACCCCCGUUGGUACGAUGCUGGCUGAACUAGUUAUCGGAUUGAGCUUCACAUUCAGUUUAUAUGGGAAGCAAGGAUGUCACGUGGAUCGACUAUUCGGAUCUGAACUGGUUUGCAGGACUGGCAGUGCAGUUUGGUUUACUGAAAUGGUUUGGAACUGUUUGCAGGUUCAAAUGGUGAUGUUAAGCUGCAUGGUCUUUUUUGAAGCAAAGUGUGUGAGUUUUUUUUAGCAGGGCAACAUGUUAAAUGGGCAUUGAUGGCAUGAAGAAUUUCAAGAGAAGUGCACUAUAGGCUUUGAUUAUUAUUUUAUUUUUGGCAUACUCUUUGUUUAUUUUGUAAAGAAUUUAGAAUGGUGUAAUGAUGUAAUUGUAUUUGGAUUUUGUAAUGGAUUUUUGUAAUAAGAAAUGGGCUUUGGUGGAUUCCUAUAUUUUGUGUCUCUUGAAUUCUAGAUUUGUGUUAGAACCUUGAAUGGGCCACGAUAGGUCUUUGAGUGGGCAUUGAAAAUGAUAGCGUGAGGCUAGUAUGCAUCGGAUACCCUUGACUUGUAUGCUUAGUUCCUUCAAAUUGCAAGAGCUGUAUGAACCAACAUCGCAAGCUUGAACCACUUUGCGUUCCUGACAUUAGAUAAUUUCCUUAAACAAUUCCAAACAAAGGAUCCAUGUGAUCAAAUUAAAUUAAUCUUGCGCUACAGCCCUUUACUUCAAUUAUCAAAUUUAAUCCAGAUUAACCUUCCUUUAACUCUAAAAAAUCUCUUGCCUUGGUGAACACGUGAUAGGAGUGC